AUGAACCUGCACGCGAACUUUCUGCAACUUUGGUCCAAUAAAUUUCCAUGUUGCAUGGAUUCGUUACCUCAACUUGAGUGCCUGAAAGCAGACCAAUUCCUGACAGUGAAUGAACAACGAGUGGCACUUGAAGUGGCACAGUCUGAGAUAUCAGCUUCCAUUGAUCGUUUGCAGACAACGCUAAGCCAACAAUUCUUUAUUUCUGACUAUCUUCGCACAUGUAUAACAAAGCUUAGUGCCGUUUCACGAGUUUUUAACGAGCUCGAAAAUGGCGAUGAACAUAGUGGUGAAGAGCUUUCGUCCCUCAAAUUGGAUGAGCAACAAACGCCACCACAAAGUGAGCCCACGAACACCUCUGUCUCAGCACUUAAUUUGUCCGUGCCGUCGCCUACCCAAACACCGUCUCUUUCACUGAUCCCUUCAUUCUUUAAUUCACCUUCUCAACUCAUACCGGCAACCUCAAGGAACCUUCUUCUGCAUUCCGCUCUUAGCUCCCAGACUGUGAAGCCUGAUUCACUGCCGUAA